CCGGCGUACCCUGACGUCACGAAUCCGUCUAGACGAUCCUGGGAUUCACACUUGUCCUGUGUGUAGGCGACUCCAUAUCACCGGACCGAGUGGUGUUGCCCAGCACGAUGGGGAACUCUCAAGGUCAGUUGAAAUCGUCCCGCUUCGAAGCGGCCCUCCACAUGUCAAUUGAGCAGUCGCUGAGGUCAAGUGCAGCUACACCUCAACCAGUUUUCUCCCAACUUUAUCUUGAUAAAGACAUCAAGCCCAAUGUGCGUGACAUCGAGCCACACGGCAGCUCCUCGGAGCAGAAGCGACGGAAGGACUCCCUCGCGUCCUUGCCCAGCGAGAACAACAACAAGGAGGCGAUACCGUCCACGGCUACCUCCUCUGCUCCAUCCUCCGCAGCCCCCUCCCCCAAGACGCCCCUAGAGCCAAGGAUGGGCGGGAGUGGUUCUUUGACCACGCCCCAUGCAAAGACACCCUUGCCUAGCCCCCUAGGACUGCACCCAUCGGUGGUACAUCCCCCUCAGCCCGGUGUCCCCGCAGUCAUGAUGCCUUCCCCGAGGUUACCUCUAUCGCCCUAUCUUCCGGCACAGAGAUUCAUCAUACCAGGUCAGUAUCCCACCCACCCUCCGCCCCCUCUCAUUCAGCAGCCCCCGUCGUCGUCCCCCAGAACCAUCACGGAGGCCCGCAUCUCUCAGGCCAGCAUCCCUCCCCCCGUCUCCACGGCACCGGGCUCUGCGUCGUCCUCUCGGGCCACAUCGCCCCGGCUCAUCAAGGACGAGGGCUCGUACAGACGAGAGGAGAUUGAGAAUUCUGGAUUCCUUUACGGUGCUCUUACACUGAGGGGGUGCCAAGAAGUGGGUUUCUGUCAGGCUGGAUCUGACAUUCGUCUUACGGAGCUCAGUGACAAGCAGAUUGAGGUCCCCAAGGGUUUUGUUCUGGUCGGUACCAAGUCACCCUACCUCCCAGAGAACAUCUUGGUUGCAGCGGUAGAUGCAAGGUUUCUUCCAGAUCCCAAUACUAACCUUGCUCUCCUAGGGUUCAGCGGUAACUGUGUGGGAUGUGGCGAGAAAGGAUUCCGAUACUUUACAGAGUUCUCACACCACAUCAACCUCAAGCUCACUACCCAAGCCAAGAAACAGAAGCACCUCAAGUAUUACAUAAUCCGCAACAAGCAGGGUCAUUUAGUCAGGGGACCUAAUAUACCAUGGAAAGAAUGUAGAAAGACCAACUAUUCAUCCACCUCUGUCUACCAUGGCGGCUUGUCACCCAGUAUGGCGGGUCAGACGUCUGUGAUAGUAAGCAGACCCGCCAGUAUAAAUCCCAGUAGCCAAGACAACACCCAACCCAGAACUUCCCCAUCGGCCAACAUAAAUCACUAUGGCCACAGCAGCAGUGGUCAGUUACGGUCGCCUGGCCAGGCCAGUGGUGAGGGGUCAGAUUCGCACGGUGGACCCGGGAGGUCAGUCCCGUCACCGUCGUCCGGCGAGUCCCAGCUCCGACCAGGGGAGUCCGAAUCGCCCACCACGGUCCAGCAACCGCUGAAAAAGAGACGGCGGUUUCAUAGCAUGGAUGAUGAGAAACUACGUCCUGGGCAAGAUCAAGUGCGUCCCACCCACCACAUGAAGCGAGCCUCCAUCCCCACCUUACCACCCCCCGCCCUCAUGCACCCACCAAACUUCGUGCCCCCUCCCAUGCAGGCCGGGGUGCAGGACUGCACCUUCGUGCCCCCCGGUCUGGCCGACGCCUGUGGCACCAAGAUCAUCAUCCUCGACUGCAGCGGGAACCUGCCGGUGUUCCACGGUAAUAUGAUGGAUAUCCUUGUCAGCGUGCAGUUCAGAGACAGCUUGAAGCCCAGGCAGCACAUCUCACCACACCUGGCAGAGAGCCUGGGGCUUGUUGGAGUCCAGAGUAUGAACUUUGAAACUAUGGCCCUUGUGAUGAUCCAGUAUAUUGUUCAGCUAGGUGAUGAUGCGCCGACGAAAGGAGAGCUCGAUGCUGCCAUGCUACGGGCAAGACAGGAUACGUCUAUCAAGGAUCUGGCUGGCCAGCACAACAUUCCGCAGUUUACCACUGUCGCACCUGCACAGCUCCCUCUACUGGCAAAACUAGCCGUAGCAUCCUCAAAUGGGCGUGUCAAAAUCCUGAUUUCACAGAAUUCCAUUGCUGAGGGUUUAAGUGAAAUGCUGAAAUGGCUUGCCAGCUCGAGUAAGGAUACCAAGCGUCCCAAAUAUAUAGUGGUGAUUCAUGUAUCCAGGCAACGAGGAACAGAGUUCUGUGUCGCUGUUGUAGGUAGCAAGCAGGUGCGUGCAAUCACAGAGUCUAAGCUUUCCACUGCAGAGACAUUCAAGGAGAUCAGUUAUGAGAUCAUUACAGGCAAGAUGCAGCUGCUUGAUAGUCAUUUCUUCAAGAAUAGUCCAACGGGCCAUGACAUCGAUGCUUUGCUCGAUAAUUUCUCAUCGAGUCUUGGAGGAGAAGUCUUCAUUCCAUUCGAUGGUGACAUACUACAGAGGACACCGGAGACCGAUGCACAGGAUAUGAUCGUUAUUUCUAAAGAUCAAUCAGAACCAAUGUUCACCCUCCACCAAGCUCAGAUCACCGCCGCCAUGAAGAUCCUGUCCCAAGUCUGUACCAUCGCAGACUCGGACCAAAUGGCCCUGGACCUGGGCCGCUUCAUACAGGUCCAUCUCCUCAUCAUCGUGCCACCUUCCAAGGCCCUCUACAGUCAGACUUUGACCAGGCUUGUUCAGUCAAACCUUCUGGUGGACCUUGGUCUGGUGUCUACCAACGAUUUGGACUCUGCUGAGCCGUACGUGAUGCAAUGUGACAGUUCCAGCGAGAACCAGGCCAAAUUUGACAUGUUCAUCAACAAAGUCAAGACCAUGCCUCACACCCUCUUUGUUCUGGUCCAGGACCAGGCCCAUCUUGAUAUCAGGAUACCAUCCACCGGCCAGCAAACCCCUGCUGGGGGAUUUGCUCACAAGUAUGUAAACAGCCAUGACGUCCUGGAUGCCCCCAAUCUACUAACCUUACACAUCAGCAGCCAACCUUACAGUUUACAGACCAAGAAAUCCAGGAUUGCACCUCAGAAUGAGAUACCAAUGCCCAUCUCGGUGCCGAAUGCAGCUACCAUGCCUGACCAGACGGAUUCUGACGCACCGCUGACUUACUUUGGAACAGAGCAAUACCAGGAUAGUUUGAAUUGGAGUAAUAGGACCCCAUUACUGCAGACUGAUGAUGGGUAUGAAGCAAUGGCCGAUUCCCUCUUGAAGAGGUACCCCAAACUUCACAGCAUGGUGGUCCGUACCUACCUACUGAUCCGUCAAUACUCGGCCGCCCUGAUGGCCCUCGCCGGCAUCACCCACAUUCAGAGCGACACCACCAGCCUGACCUACAAGAUCCUGCGGGACCUGGUCCUGGCCCCCUUCCAGACCCCCGAUGGCGCCGGUCACAUGGUCCUCCUGCGCAUCCCGUCGCCGCAGCUGGCCAUCCUGGCCCACGACAAGCUGCGGACCGUCAGGGAUAAGAUCGGCUAUCAGUAUCGUCUGGACAUCGUGCUCUGCGCGCAGGACCAAGAGAUCCUUCUGGAUGAUUAUUUUCUCAAGAGACUGCAGGGAUUAAGAGAUGCAGACUCUGAGUGGAGACCUCAGAGCUAUGAGGAUCUUCACAGGCUACCCUGUAUCGUGGUACUCGCUGGUGAGCACCUUGCGGGAGAAACAAUGCCAAAGUCACUAAAGGUCAUCGACCUACGACUGGUCAACCAUGGUGUGUACGACCUGACCAGCCUCGAACAAGAGCUUGGCCUCGGCUCCACCCACUGCCCCGACUCGGCCAUCCCCUCCGUGGUCACAGUCGCAGAGGACAGCGACGAUGACGACGACGAUGGAGAUGAGGAUGAGGAAGACGGGGUCUUUGAGGAGAGGAUGGAGUAUGAAAUGGGUGGAUCUCCGCAUCCUCUGCAGAUUGAUGUCGCCGCCUCUCAUGCUGGAGGAGCUGACAACGCUUCCAUCAAAUCAGCAGAUAACAUAAGCAGUGCUCGCUCCACCCCAAAGUCCUCCGUCAUGGAGACCUCUGGACCUCCGUCAGUUGAAGGGGCACCACCCUUGAGCACCAUCCGCCCCAUCCCCAGCCCUGGAAUGCACCUAAGCUCCCCGCCCCCAUGUCUCACUCCUACUAAGGCCCAGUCUCCCGCUCCCUUGACCCACGACCACUCCCACGCCCAACCGACCAGCAAUGGCUUCUCCAAGCAUGACCUGGGGGAGAUGGAGGUUGUCGCUGCGGGAGAGAUCGGGAAUGGGGAUGUGCCGAUGGCAGCCAAGGAGGAUGUAGAGAUGCAGGAAGGGGUUGAUGGGGGAGUCGAGGACAAUAGGAACGACGGAAGCAACCAUGAACUGCCGAUGAUGAUCUUGUCGGGAUCUGUAUUCAACUUGUUGCAUAAGAAGGAUUCAGAGCUGUUCCCCGCCGUAGCCGCUCUCACCUCCAGUCCUGAUACCUCGUGGUCGGGUUCUCUCAGGCCAGUCCUGAGCGAGAACAGCGGGCCUGUCAAGAGUGCUUUCUACAGGAAGUGGACCGAGCCAAAGUCCUAUCACUAUGACUACGAGAGGAGCGAGGAUUCUGCAAACUACCAUCCAAGGAGAUUGCUGCUCUAUGGACCACCUCAGGUUGGUAAGACCGGUGCCUACCUCCAUUUUGCACGGGUCCUCCUACGUAUGCUUAUCAGACUCCAAGAGGUAGAAGUGUUUGAUGAACCAAACCUCGACAUCCCACCGCCACCACCAGAGGGCAGUAUGGAGCUUCCAGAGGGUGAGGAGGGCACCGGCGGUGCCUUCGGCCGAACAGGAUUCGAUUAUCGACUUCGUGAAGGCAGGUUCAAGGGUCAUAGCCCUGUUUGGCAGACGGACACUAAACAGCAUGUGUUUGCUGCGUUGGAUUCAAAGAAUGAUCAAAAGAGGGCGACAACGUCGAUGAGGCUCACCAAAUACAGUGCUCAUAAUGCAUUCCAUCACUGUGACCAAUGUCAGCAUUACAAAUACUUGACAGCGACUGAGGCUCGAGAAACCAAGGCAUACAGCGUUCAGCUGAACACGAGGUAUUACGGCGAAGUGGAGAUGCAGUUUGUUAUACCAGCUCAACAGGAGAAACACUUUGUGUUUGUUAUGCAGAGUGGUCAGCUUUCAAGCAUGGUCUUGCCCACGAAACAUGAACAGGGUCCUAAUGCAGUGAAGACCCCUAUCUUCAUGCCAUCCUUCGGUCGUCAGGAACAGGCCCUCAUUAAUCUCUACCACACCAUGGAGGGCAGCAAACACGUUCACAUCAUCGUCUGCAAGCAGAAGGACGCUCUGGCGUACGAGAAGCAAUGGCCGAAUCACGUCUUGCUCAUCCUGCCUUCUCUGGCUAAUGAAGCUGGCCCAGGUGCAGCCAAGUACUUCAUCAAAGAGUUAGCAUCGCGGAAUCUUGAACUUGAGAAGAAUCGUCAGAGUAAGCUUGGCCUACAACCUGACGCUGUCUGGCCUUUCAUCGCCCUGAUGGAGGACAACUGUGUUACCUGGAGAUUGAGCUCGGGCAGCGGUGCUGAUCAGCAUGAGAGUGACAAAGUUGUUCCUUUGAAGACCAUACUGGAGAUGAUGGAGAAUGUUCCAGACAUCGAGGCUUAUACUGCCCUCGGUGUUCAACAGUGGAACAGCCAAUUAGCAAGUGGCUCUUCCAGGUCAACGUCCAACGCGACGCCUACGUCGAAGUGUCAUCUAUUCAACAUGAUAUUUCUCAAUGUGGACAGAGCUAGGAAUGUAGACUAUGGUUUCAACAGAUUUUUUAAUGAGGAUAUCGAGUUCAACUUGAAGCUGGCAUCAGAAGGUCACACCUUACUCCGACUAGACUACCUCUCCGUCAUGGUGAAGUCCAUCGAGGCCAAUAAUCUGGCCCAUUUCACCCCCAAGCCCCACCCGCUGGCCACGCCCACCAAGAAGCCCCCUCCCCACCAUGCCAUCAACCCCUCCAGCUAUGUCCGCACCCCCGAUUCGGAGGAGCUCAUCCCGUUGGCUGCCCCGCCUCAGUUCUUGAUGGAGCGCUUUCUUGAGAGGAUGAGUGAGAAGCGCAUCUUUCCGUCCGCUGUGGACAAUGCAGAGAACCCAGUGCUUGCCGUUGAUUGCUAUUUUAACCUGGGCCCCCGUAUAGCAGUGCACUUUGCCUCAUCCAGCCAAACGCCAGCCAAAGACUUGACUGAGAACACACGGUUUAGUGGUCUUCUUCUUUUCAUGUGCAACAAUGCUACGAUGGAAAGGGAAUUCCUCAAGCAUUUCAAGUUUAUUAAUGGUGCUCGUCUUUGCCUGAUCAGUUCGGACAGGAACUCCUUGAGACGCCAGGUGGUCCAACUAGAUCUGGAAGAACAGUGGAGGUUUAGACUAAGGGAUGAGUUCCAGACCGCCAACGUUGCAGUGGAGCAACCGCUUUUCAUGCUGACGGGACGGCACGAGGAGGAACGUGUGUAAGAUCUGGGUUGCGUAGCACAAAGCUUAGCAAUCAUCGUAGAAUAUUUGUUGUAUGAUUGAUCGCAUUGACGACGAUGUACAAUCAAUCGUAUGAUUAAUCGCUAACCUUUGUGUUACAGGACCCUAGGCACCAUUUUACCAGAAGUUGCAAUAGAUUAUGGGUGAUUUAAAACUCCCAUUUCUUAUCCACACAAAUUCAGAUCAAUGGCAGCUUGAGUUUGUCUUGAAUCCGUCAGGAGGCUGUAAGGAUGGGCCCUACAUUGUUGGGCCAAGCUCCAGAUGACCAAAGUUGCCGUGAAGUAACUACUUUUCAUCCUUACAGGAUGGCAUGAGGAGGAACGCAUGUAGGACCUGGACACUGUCUUACAAAGAAUUAAAGUUUUUUGUCAGCUAAUCAUUAUUGGCAAUAAAAGUGAAUGUUCACGAUAGUGACCAAAUUAGUGAUGACCACCUCCUGGUGCUAGAAAAUCACAUGAGUCUUUGGAUUCGCCCAUCAUGGUGAGAUUUUACCUCCGAAUUAUCAGCUCCUGGGGAGCAUUUCACAAAGAGUGAAGUCAGUGAUUUUAAAUGACCGAAUUCCUCUCGGCCAAUCAGAUGUAGGGAUUUUCAGUGACUACAGUAUUAAGGGCCUUUUCACACGUGAAUCUUGAAUCAUUGUAUUGAUGAUUGCAAUUCGUCUUUGGAAUCAUCGGACCUGUCAC